UUUUCAAGUCUAUGUUAAUUUUUUUGUCAAAACCUGCUUUAAUUUUAUGACCUAGUGUUCAAUUCCGAGAUGAAAAUUUUAUUUUUAGCAUCGCAUAGGGGCAAAUAACGCGAUAUAUUUGUACUUGAAACAGAUUCGAGCGAGAGCUCGCGAUACACUCGCGCGUACAUCGUGGCGGAUGCACGAGACUCGAUCGAAUCAGGCCAACGGUUAAUGAGAUCAAUAAAAGCACCGAGUUACGACACGACAUGUCGCGAGGACCCCGGCCGGGAUGGAAAGGUGCUAUUUUACGAAGAUUCGUUUUAACGUUACGUGUCUAGCAUAUAGUUCGCUCGCGCUGCACGAAUCGCUAUAAGUAUAAUUGUUAAGUAUACUUGUUAACACGAACACAUUGUUAUCGUUGCCUGAGUUGCCUGUUAUCGGUUUUUUCGUCAGUACUUACGGACUAAUGCAAUUUUAUGAUUACGCAAGUAUUAUAACGGAUAGAGAGUGUAUCGUGUAACGCGAGGUGAAGCCUAACGCGUUUUUGUUUUGCAGACGAUGACGACAUCCUCGUAGAGCUCCUGUAUCAUUGUACUCAUUUUACAUCACACAUCCUUAAAUUAUACUGAGGCUUCUAUUCGCUCCGUAACAUAUAGUAGGUACAGUACUUUUUUUUUUCGUUAAAGAGUAUAACUGUCACCUUCUGCAAAAUUCAAGCUCGUUGGACGUAUCCGUUCGCUAUUGAUACAAAUGUCCCGCGUUCGUUUCUCUCUUUAGGAUCCAAGAGACCAUCCCCGACGAUCGAUCACUUGCUCGUGCGAGGGAGGGGGGGGGGAGGAGAAGGGGAGAGAAAGCGAACGAGAUCGAUUGUAAUGGAAAUAUGUGUCAAUUUUUAAUGUAUCAUACAAAUACGUUAUAGUCGAUAAACGAUUUUUAACGGCGCCUCACGUAAAGUAGCACGGGAGAGAGGAUUACGUGCACCACGACACGCCACGAUGAUUCGUCGUCUCGUCGAGAGUGACAUUCUCGCGGAGAAUAUCAUUCUACUAUAUAGACGCUAUAGUCAUUACUACACAAUACUAUGAUAAACUACAAGGUAUACGAUGAUGCGAAGUCGGAGCUGCAUGGCAUAAGGUUUCACUCCCCCGGCAUAUUUUGACGCUUCACAUUCGAACACACAUUCGUUCGUCGAACGUUAAGUGAAUAUUUUUUUUUUCGAACUAGAACUUUAUUAUCACUAUACGACAUUCAGCGACUGAAUUUGUCCAGCUCAUUACACGUUAUCAUUGUCGGUAUUAUCUUCGCUAGAGGUAUCGCGAGUAACCGUAGAUCAUUCCGUGCCAAGUAGCAUAAAUUUUGAAAUAAGCCACAAUUACGAGCAAAUGUGAUUUAGAUUUUAAUUAAUUAUAUUACAUAAUUAUAUAUAUAUUAAAUAUUAAAUUAUAUUUUAUCUUUUAGGUAUACGGAUGACUACUAUAGUAGCCAAGAUGAUUACGAUUAUGCGUGGAAGUUGGUAAAAAGAAAAAAAAGAAAAACGUUUAUUCCGGAUUACAUAACGAUGUAGGCCCGUUCAUCCGAAAGCAGAUGGUUUAACCGGGUGUGCGCACAAUUCACUCGACUAUACUGACUCGACUGAACGAAAAUUAUAAGUUAUACACAUGCUGGUGUACUUAUACGUGCUACUUUGCUUUUGAUACAUAUAUCGGAAUAUUUUACAUUCGUAAAACGCAUUUACGGUGCGGCACUCUCUACGAUGCAACGGGUUUCUCGACUGCGACUUUUUAUAUGCAUGAUUUUACACAAUGCGCUUACCUUGACUGUUAAGAGAGGGCGACUUACUUUUUUCCAUUUCUUCCGCGCAUAUCUACAAUUACGUCGUUUCGAAGGUAUGCUGAGCGCAUUAGCACAUUCAGAAUAUUUAUCACGAAAUAGUUUAUCGUUGCGCGUCGCGACGCGCAUAAUUUACGUACAUCCAUAACGAAGGAGGUUUCUUGUUAAUUACAGGUCCGCAAUUUAGCGUGACUGGCUCCGUCCGCCGUUAGUAUUUACUUGGAGUGAUUAUUUAGUUUUCAUUUCGGUCACAAAAGUCAUAGCACAACUCGAAUAAAGCGCGCGUCCCGUACGGCGUACGUCAGGAAAAAAAACAAACCCGCGAAGAAUCUAUAUAUGUAAUAGGGAUAAAGGAAAGUUUCCCCGAGGACGCAAGGAUUUGCAAAGUCGGCGGGAAAUUUCGCGCGCGGCUGACACGCGGUCCUCUGGCGUUUCUCGCAGUAGUAUUUGCGAAAAUGUAGUUUUCCCGAUGAUAUAAGCGUGCGCGCCUAACGAGAACACCUCAUUUUAAUCGUAUCGUCCGAGCGAUCAGUCUCAGGUGCUACCGAGAUUUAUUCGCAUUAUUAUAAUUACGAGCUCAUAACUGAUAAGCAGCGGCGCCGUGCCGAUAUUACGAACAAAAAGAAAAUAAAUGCGUGCCAAAGUGACCCCCGAUUAUAAGGGAACGAACGAUGUUCUGCGGAAGGGAGAUACGCGAGGGGUGGAAGCUGCCUCGGAUGUGAAACGUGCGAUCAGAUUUCUUCGUUUGCAGAAAAUCGCGCAACUCGACUCCUUACAUUUCCGAGCCGAAUCUGAUAUUUUUUUAUCCGACCUACGGUGAAAGAGAUAAAAAAAUGCCUUAGGUAUUAAAAGUACUUUUAUCUCAAAACUCAAGAUAUAACCCAGAUAAUACGGAGCAUUGCUGCAAUAUUGCUGGAAUGUUCCAUGCUACCUGGGAGCUAAGUAUAUUAAAAUGUUUAGUCGGUAUAACGUAGACAAUUCUUUAAUUGAAUAGAAGUAUAAUUUCGAAGUUUUAGUUGUAUUAUUUGAUAAUCUUUUUUCUUAAGAAAAUUUUCUUUCCUCGUUUUUAUCUUUUAUUAUAAGUUUUUCUUUGUUUGUAGUUUCAAAGAUUCAGCAAAGAUCGCGAGUUUCGCAAAAGUCCGCAAACGCAGGGAUUUUCAGUCUCUGAUCGUCCGCUUCCGCGUUCGUUGCGAGCGUGAACUAGUUGUUACAAUCUUUUAAUUGUUGAAUUUUUGCUGUAGCAGUAAGUGUCUUAACGUAUACCUUAUAUAAACUACACGAUAAUAUAUUCUAUAUUAAUGUUUCUUAGAUUUAAAUCUAACAUGCCGGACGGACGUGUCUACGGCGAAUGUCGUCGUUUGCGCUUCUCUUAAGUGCUAAUUGUUGGAAUCUACGAAACAAAGCAACUCAGUUAUUUACGCCCGAGCCCGAGAUCUUAUCAACGACAUCGACGGGAUAAAGAAUGAGAGAGUCAAGUGUUUCAAUGCAAAGAUAUUGACCUACGAAUGACAACGUGGUUGCUUGGAACUGCUGCUGGCAUUUAUCGGAGGAAGUGAAACAUUCCGAACGCGGAGCUUCGCAGGAUUUUUAUUUGUAUUCAUGGUGCAGUUGUUACUUCUCCUUUAAUUAAGUAUCAAUUGAAAUGAUUCACAAUAUUGUGUGACGCUGGAUCUGUAAUUUGCAUUUAUUUUGUUAAGUAAAACAGUCAAUCCGGGAUUAUGGAACGUGAAUUAAAAUAUUUAAUCGCGUGGAAUUUGUAUAACUUUCAAUACAUGAUUCUACAUUAAGUUUAAAUGGGAUUUUCUAUAUUUAUUUAACUAAUUAGCAGAAUUUCGCUUUCAGGAUUGUACGACUUUGUAAACAGUUUAGCUACAAAAUGAAUAACACAUUCCACGUGCAGGAGCACUGGUGCCCGUUGCAAUUGGUGCCUGGCGAUGGCGUUGGCCUGCUCCCCUUCUCCGGCCUCUUUCCACCACCGAGAGGAGCACCGACGAUGGAUGUGUGGCAACGGAGAACGGAGCCGCGUCAGCCGCGUCAGUGCAUAGGCACGAGCUGUGCCGUCGGGUGGACGAGGACGCCGUCGUUCGGCCUCUUUUAUCUUAUCAUUUCUCACGUCCUCUUUAUCUUCGCGUACGUAAACGUCAGCAAUUCUACGCAAAAAUCAGACUCGGAACCGGCAAAAACCGCGACUUGGCAUCCCCGAGCGGGGGCAUCCUAAAAAUACACUCCGAAACGUCGAGAUCCACGAGGAGAAAGGAGAAGGCCUGUGCUCGCAAACUGUGAAAUCUACAGUUUGUUCAUUGUGUCUGUGUGCCUGCACCCGUCAAUGUGUACGUGCGUUAGAGCACACGCGCGCGUCUUUCUCCGCUUGUUGCCGCGCGCGCGAAGUGUCUCUUUAACUCAUUAAUCUCUCGGCCAGCGCGUACUAGGCUCUUAUUUUUCACGUAAAAAACUUAUUUUUACGACUCCUGAAAUUUUAAUUUUAUAUUUAAAAAAAACCGAACGUAUAUCGUAUAAUAAAAUAAUCAUUAAUUGUCAAAUGUUUCUAUCUUCAAAGGAGAUUCAAUAUAUUUGUUCUUAUUGUUUUGUAAAAAAAAAAAUAUUGCUAAUUUAUCAUAUCUUUCAUGAUUCAUUCAUGUAAAUGCGCGGUAUUUAUAUAUAGUUAAGUAUAAAUGUGAAAAAUGCAGAAAAGUGUGCAAUUUAGCAAUUUUUGCGUGAACAAGUAAUGAGUCACGUGCUAGUGAAAAAAAAAAUAGUGAAUACCCGCAUCGUGGACGGAAUAUAGACGAAUGAUCGUGAAACAGAUGCGAAUCCGCGUCGAGUUUUAGUUCGAAAGAAACUCUCGUAUAAAGCAAAAAAGAAAACGAAAUGCUGUGAUUUUAGAUAGGGGACUCACUGCGAGUAAACGGGAGCGGUGAUUCGUGAAAAGGAAGAGCUCCGCAGCAAGGAACAACCGGUACCGGUGACAGUAACAACGACGAGGAUCAAUGGUUAACAUCGGAGGAUAUCUACAAUUAUCUUACUGGAGCGACGCUACGCUGUGGAAGAAUCCGUGAUGGAGGUGAAGCCGAUACCAAAGCCGCGAUCGGUGAUGACCGAGAGCAAACCGAUACCGGCGCCCCGAAGACUCUUGCCGAUGACGACCUUGCCGUCGACUCACUCCAGCAGUCCGACCAGCGAAUCCAGCCAGUCUGAGAAGAGCGACGAUGUAAAGUCGACCAGCAGUACCAACGAGAAUACUCGCGGCAACCACGAGUUCUUCCGCAGCCUCAGCACGAGUUCGCGCCAAUUGAAGGAUGAGAUCUCGGAGAAGAUGACGGUGAAGGGACGCGCCGUUAUCUGCAGCACGCGGAACGCCAGCAUUCGGCUGGAGAAGUCGGUGAAGAAUCUGCUGACCCGGCGGCUGUCGUCCUUGAACCAGGACGACGUGGUCGGCCAGGGCGGCGUCCAGAAAAAGCUCAAAGAUCCGGCCGAGGAGGACAGAUGCGUGUCUAUGCCGGCCGACAACAUCUUCAGCAGCAUCUCGUUCUACAGUCCUCUGAGCGGCAACCUCAAGAGUGUGAAGAACGAGGAGGAUCUAUCCACUGGCGGCAGGCACAGCCCGCCACCUCCGGUUUAUCCGCCACCCCCGCUUCCGGACGAAUCUAUCUAUGACGAAUUGCAGUCCGUUACGUCGGGAAGCAGCGGCCGAUACGACACGCUCAGUUCUACGGUGUCCGACAAGAUCGAGCGAGAUUUUCCCGACUUCAACCACGGCUUCGCGCGGAAUCAGACUAGCGAUUCCGAUCAAAGUCUAAACUUGUCCGACGCCAAUGUAAGCUCAUCACUCGACAAGUCUGAAAUAUCUGCCAAAAGACUGUCGAGAUCAGACUCUUGGACCUUUUACGACACCACACCAAGCACGAGAGCUGACAGCGUCGACGAAGUGGACAGGAUAUCUAACGUGGAAGAAGAAAGUUUGGAGAAAUCUUUCGAGAAGAAAAUUUCACCAAUAGAUCGAACCUCUUGCGCGUCCUUCGAGAGCCAGGCUUCCAUCCAAAAUUCCCUCUACGAGAAUCUGUCACCAAAGGUCGACAGUCGGCAACAACCGACGGUGAUUCCCUCGGACACUAGAGUACAGAGCAGCAAGUCUGUACUCUUUGAGUUCGACCCGUUCGCGAGGACAUCCGAGGACGAGAACGUUUAUAGCAAUUACGAGAACAACGAUCUGAUGUUGCUCGAGACCUUGCUGGCUACCAACGACUUGCCCAGUAGCACCGAUAGCACGCUGGAAUUUCGCGAGAGCGCCGAGGAGGAGCAGGAGGACGAAGACUUGACGCAUCCCGGAAUCAAUUUGACACCCCCGGAACCACCCAAGAGAUUUGACUCCCUUCCUAAGAACGAGUACGACGUGGCGGAAGGUGUGGAGCAGCCCGACAAGGUCCAAGCCUCUAGCAAGAAUCCGCCUCUCUUGCCGAAGCUCGCGCAUUUGGUGACCAAAAAGCAGCCCGCUGUUCCUCCGAGGAAGCCUUCCAUGAAGGGUCCUCCGCUUCCUCAGCCGAAUGCGAGUACAACCGCGGUGGCAAUGACAACGACGACGCUUGCCAGUAACGACGAGGAGGGUGUUAGCAAUUCUUCUUCGGGGACGCCGAAGCUCGCCGAGGACAAUCGUAAAGUGAGCGUGAUACAAAAGUUAAAGAAACUGCGACAAGAGUCCACCGUGCACGGCAUCAAGCCUAAUGUGAUCAGUUUCGUUAAGAGUGGUAGUAAACUGUUAUCCAGGACUCGCGAACACAUCGGUGAGUCCGGCUCGAGGUCGCUGCGAAUGGAGAGGCCGAAGGUGAAUGUUCCGCACAAUCCGGUCACACACAGGGGAACAGUGUACAGGCCUGGAAUGGGUAUCGAGAGGGCCAAGGACCUCGUACCGAGAGCGGCACUGUUGCUCGAUCGGAAAUUAUCGUUCUACGCUGACAAGAGCAUGUCUACGCUGAAAGAGGUCGUGGAAUUAGAGACAGUACACAGUAUUCAUCUGCUUCAGGAUGUUAAGACCAUGGACGGCGAGACUGUGCAUUGCAUAGCGAUUAGCGGCGCGGGCAGACCGAGUGUGCACGUUUUCUACGCGAAAGGUGUCGCCGAGAGACGUAUCUGGGCCCAGAGAAUCCUCGAGGCGAGCACGCCGAUCUUCUCCACGAAGUACACCGCUGAAUUCACCCGAGCAGGUUGGGCUUACUUGAAGGAAAGUGUAACAGGUACGUGGUUCUCGGCUUGGCUUCUCUUGCAACAAAGAACAUUGACUUACACGAAAAUCUUAGAAUCUGCGAAUUUUGCCGUGAAUUUUGAACACGUGGACCUGCGGAAAGCGCGCUGCAUCGUGUUGCGAGAUCAAGAAGGGCCGAUUGCCGGAUGCGGGGUUGUUCCAGUGGUAGUUGUGGAUGCCGGGGCUAGCGGCGCCCUGCACAUCGCCACGUCGGGAGCCCACGAGGCGACCGCAUGGCGACACGCGCUUUAUCAAGCGGCUACGAACUGCGGCCCUGCUUUAGACCAACAGCAGAUUACGCAGGACAAUGUGCCCGUCAUCUUGGACAAAUGCGUCAACUUUAUCUAUGCCCAUGGUAUGAUGACUGAGGGUAUUUAUCGUCGCAGCGGAUCGAGCAGUGCCGUAGUAAAGUUAUUAGAGGCUUUCAGACGAGAUGCAUGGGCUACGCAAAUAACGCGAAAUUUGUACACGGAACACGACGUCGCCACGGUUCUUAGAAGAUUUCUCCGGGAUUUACCGGACCCAUUGUUCCCUCCUAAUAUACACGACCGACUCUGUCUUGCUUCAGAAUCGACCAGCGAGGAAAAUCGAGUGGCGACUUAUCGGAAAUUAUUGUCCACCCUGAAUCCCAUAACGUCGGCGACGCUCCGCCGGAUCCUAGCGCAUCUUCACGGUCUCAGUCAGCAGAGCGCCAGAAACCUGAUGACCGUCGAAAAUCUUUCGGCGGUCUGGGGCCCGACUCUGAUGCACGCCGGUGAGAAUAGCGCCGAGGAGUGGAACCGGACGGAGAUCAAGGUCGUCGGUGAUCUCAUCAAGCUGUAUCCGAAACUUUAUCAAUUGUCGUCGGCCGACCUGGCCAAGGAAGCGAAGAUGUUGGAGAUUCUGGAAAAACAUCAUGUGUCCAACAAUGGACCGCGAGGUGCGCCGUCGGGAGACCUCAAGGUCUGGAUAUACAUUUUGUCGCCGAACGGAGAGUGCGUGAACGUCACCAUCGGGCCUCAAAAGACUGCGUUCGACGUUUGCCGAGAACUCGCCGAGAAAACCAACUUACCGUCUCACGAGCUAUGCUUAGAAGAGUAUACUCUGUCCGGUGCGCUGGAACGGCCGUUGCAUCACAACGAACGUGUCUUGGAAGCAGUGGCGAGAUGGGGAUACUGGGACUCGGAUGAUAGGAAGGAUAAUACCCUCAUUCUCAGAAAAGACCGAUUAUACAAGGAUAUCAUACCUCUGGUAAAGCCGCCUAUGACGAUCUCCGGCGAACUUAAAUUUGCGGACACCAAGACAAAGAACCUGAAGACUUACCUUUUCGAGUUCAGCCAGGCGAAGCUCUACUGUUACAAGGAUAAGGUGUGCUCCGUGAAAGUUCACGAGUGGAAGAUAGAAGAUAUCAUUUGGUACUUGGGACACGAGCCUAAACGCAAUCCACAAAUGGGCUGGUCCAUCACAUUUAUCACAAAGAACAAGAAACCAACGAGAUGUAAGGACAGUCCAUAUUUCGGGAAUAUUUUAGCGGGCACGUCCAAGGACGAGCAGUAUAGAUGGUUAGCGGCUAUGGUCUUUGGGGAAUAUCAAUUAAAUCUGCGGCCUUCUGCAGUGAAUCUUAUGGAUCCAUGACCGAUUAAAGCCGAUUGAAUUAUAAGCCACUUAGUGCCUCCCCCCCCUCCCCCCAAAGUGAUCGAUAAGUGAUACUUUCUUCUAUAAAUCGCGACUCCGAACAAAAUUGUAUAAAUAUGUGCAUAGUGUCGAUUAAAAGAAAUGAUAGCUUAAUAUUUUAUAGUUUACAAUUUUAUAGUUUUUUAAAUCAUAGUAUACUAAAAAGUCUGAUCUCGUCUAACAAACGCUUAUGUAAAUUGAAUUAUUCUGUUACUGCAAACUUGUCGACUAGUGUGACGAAUAGAAACGUCAUACAAUCAUAGUUAAAAAUCAAUGAUGCUGUGAAAAUCUACAAUUAAUUAACAGGGAUGUUAAUUAUCGAUAAUGUGACGAAUUAUGGAAUAACAUGCCAUAAUAAAUCAUUUAUAUGAAAAUAAAAUUAACGCGAGAUGAAAUAUGCUCAAUGAUGCAACUCAAUAUUAUCUUUUUACGACAUUUUAGACAAUUUAAAAUAUUAUUUUGAUUUACAGUUAUAUAUAAAUAACCAUUAUAUCCAUAUUUAAACAUAGACAUUUGUAUGACAUAAAUUAAAUAUCAAAAUAAAAUAUCGAAUAUUUUUGUAUUAAAA